AUGCCCUCCCGCCCCACCUACUCUGCCCCCACCUCCGCCUCCAGCAACCCCCAAGCCCCGCCCAUGCACUCGGCCCCAUCCCUGCCACAGCCUUAUCCCAUGUACGGAGGUAGUAAUACCGGUUACUACCAUCGCCAAGAUCCUUACCCCUACCCCCCUCCCCCUCCGCACCACAUGUCUGGCCCUCCUCCCCAGCGCAUCUACUACAACAACGCCCUGCCCCCGCCGCCUUCGCACUACAACGCGCGCGACGAGUGGCACGCCGAACAUGCCCGACACCGUGAUUCGCCCCCUCGUCAGCCUAUCACUGUGCGACGUGAUGGGCUUGAGGAGCCGUCGCCGGAGGGCGGUGAGCAGCCUGUGAAGCGGCGACGGGGGAGGCCAAAGAAGGUGCCGGUGCCGGUGGAGAUGCAGCAUGUUAAUAGUGGCGAGUAUCCGUCGGUUAUGGCGCCGCCGUCGCCUGGGCGGAGUAGUGGGAGUGAUAGGGACCCGCCACCGCCGGUCAAGCAAUGGUCUGGCCAGGCUAUGGGCCGGGGGCAAGCACCUGCGCCUCAGUUUCUCCAGUCGAGCCAUCAUGGCGACUUUAUCCACGACGAGCCGGAGCAAAUCGUCUCUAUCAAUGAUAAGCAGGCUAACCGACCGCCGAAAAGGGCAAGGGGCAGUGAAGAGCGAAGCAGCGCGAUGGGAGGAGAUGCCGAGCUCGAAGCUGGUAUGGCGCUGGCGGGACUCAAGAGACGCGAAAGCGCGCCCACGUCCGAUUUGAAAAAGACUUCAUCGCUCGUCAAGACCGAGCCGGGAGAGGAAAAGCCGAUCGUCAAGAAGGCGGAAAAGCCGUCGAACGCAAAGAGCUGUGCCGAGUGUAGGCGGUUGAAGGCCAAGUGUGAUAGGGUUUUCCCUUGCUCUAAUUGUCGGAGACGAGGAUGUGCUGUUGUCUGUCCCGAUGGCGAUUUGAGCUGUAUGCAGGGUAAAAGACUUGUCCUCGCGUCGACCGAGCAGCUUCACGAAAGAAUAUCACAACUCGAACAAGCGCUCGCGCAGACCCAUCGCUCAGCUGUCGGCGGUACGAUUUACCACCCCCUCCUCGCCCCCCAAUUCCUCGACGGCGGCUUUGCCAGCGUCGAACAGCCCCCCAUCACCGUCGACUACAAACCACCCUCCUUCUCGCCCAACUCGUCUCCAAACGGUCUCGCCCACGGUUCACCCAAAAACCCUUCUUCCGCCCCGAGCUUUACCCUCGCCACGCCAUUACUGGGUCCGGAGAAGAGGAGUAACAGGUCGAGCCGGAUGGCGGUGGAGAGUCUGUUGACGGAAGAUUCGGCGGUGCCGGAGGGGAAGAGGGAAGAUGAGUGGGCGGGGGAAAAUGCUGCGCCUGCGAUGAUCAUCGGUACCGUCGGCAAGCCUGAAUCUGCCGAAGAUAUCGAACAGCGACAUUCAGUCUUUGAGCGACUUAAAAAGAUCAUCACCAUCCUCCCGCCGAGAAAUGUCAACAAACAGCGCGCAGACCACUUUUUCGAGACGUCCCUGUGGUAUCAGACGGUCUUGCAGAGGAACGAGUAUGAUACAGUGUACGAACCCGCCGUCUACGCGCCUACAGCCGCCAACCCUCUCUCCCCGCACAAACUGGCGGUCGUCCUCAUGGUGCUCACUUUCGAUACGUACCUCGACAUCUCGGCAGAUGAGAACGACCCCAAGCUGGCGGAUUACUGGGACGGCGCCCAGCGGUGCUUCGAUACCCGAUUCGGCUGGGCGGCUAGUGUAGCUGGUGUACAGGCGUUGGCGCUUGCGACGCUCUUUGUCGGAUUUGGCUGGCGAGGGACGCGGGCGAGCAACUUUUAUUGGUUACGCCAGAUGACGUCCGCCGCGCUCCAACUCGGCUUGCACCGUGAUGCCCACAGCUCUUUCCCUGAUGAAGAGAAAGAGUUCCGCCGACGUGUGUUUCACGAGAUCUAUGUGAUUGACUGUUUGAUUUGUCUGAAUCAUGGGCAGCGGGCUUCGAUCCCUGUAGAGUUUAUCGAGACGGCGUACCCGACGCUGAGCUCGCCGUUGGCGUAUAAAAAGUAUGACUUUAUCAGGACGGUGAAGAGUCAGGUGAUUGAUAUUGGGUCGUUGCCUGAUUCGGCGCCGGCGAGCUGGGCGAAGGUCAAGGAGGUGGAGGAACAGUUGAUGGAAUACGACGUUGAACGACUUCCUAUCGUCCACUGCCCCUUGCUCCGCGGCGAACAGCCCCCCGACCCCGUCGAAGGCUUCACCCACGCCGACGCCGUCGCCCUCCAGACCACCACCACCUCCAUGUGCCACUACAAAGCCAUGCUCUACCUCUUCCGCCCCUCCCUCCGCCGCCUCAUCGCGCGUAUCCGCUCCAGCCCCGCUUCAUCCAUCACAUUCCAACAACCCGACAUUGACACUGUCAAAAUGACGCUCCGCGCUUGCAACUCGAUCAUCCUCACGUCUUAUCAUUUGGCGAGAAAACAUCCAAAGUUGAUGGCCAAGUCGUGGAUGGUGUGGGUGCAGACGUUUAGUGCGGCUGUGAGCAUGACGGCGCUGGGGAUUUGGUGUGGGCCGUAUAUGGAGCAGGGGUUUUUGGAGGAUGUGAGCAAGAAGUUGACGGAGGCUUGUAAUAUGAUUGGGGAGAAUGGAUCGCCGAGGUCGCAGGGUGUGCUUUCGCUUUUGCCUACGCUCAAAUCGCUGCUUGCUGGGAGAUACCCCCAGCUGUUGGGGAAGGACGCUAGAGACGCUCGUGUAUCGCCCGAGGGUGAAGAUAUGCUCUUUGCGCUUUUGGGCGGGCACGUCGAUGCCGGGUCGUCGCAUGUCCAGCCUCCGCCUGUCCAGUCUCAGCCCCAACCCCAGCCCCAGCCCCAGCCCCAGCCCCAGCCCCAGCCCCAGCCCCAGCCUCAGUCGCAGACUCAACAGCCUCUCAAGAAACGAAAGUCUAGCGCCCAGACUUCAUCUCAGCAGCAGUCCCAACCGCCUUCGUCCGGCCAAUUGUCUACCGAACAGCUUCACCCCCAACAGACGACGCCUUUCCACGACGCAAACCAGAUGCCCACGCAAGAACAGCUCGUCACCCAAACGCACAUGCCCCCACAGAUCAUGGGCGCCCACUCGAGCUCGCCUGUACAAGUAUUCAGCCAGCCGCUCAACGUCAACGGCACCGCCGAGGCCUUUGCCUCCGCAUCGGCUUCUGCCUUCUGCCAGCCCCAGCCCCAGCCCCAGGGACAGAUGCCCAUGAGCACAUCAUGGAUGGUGCCCAACAUGCCCGUAACGGAUGCCACCUGCGGGCCCGUCAUCCUCCCUCUCGCACCUCCCAAUCCCACAGCCAUUCCGUACGACAACUUUAUCCCCACUUGGUCCUCCAACAAUCUGGGCAUGGAUGGGAUGGUGAUGAUGGACGGUAUGGGUAAUGGGGGAGAUCCGUUCGGUGGGCCGCUCAUUGACAAUCCGCCCGAGCUUUGGGAGAGAUUGCAAGCUCUUUAUGAGCCGCAAGCGCCGGUGUUUUGGAACGGUGGGAUGGAUGGGGGGAUGACUGUUGGGGACUUUGGGGGGUACGUGCCCAACAUGAACUAG